CAAAUCCCAACGAACUCUGAUCGAGCUGUUUUCGAGCGCUGUUGACGUAGGCUACGAAGAAAUCGUUCGUCGCUCGUCUCCUACCAAACAAGUUUUGUCUUGUUUUGCGGACAUAGUGCGAGGACAAUGCUGAAGCUCUGCAUAGCCUGCAGCUCAAAGGUUGCUGCCUCCAGCCGUACCUGCUCUUGCGGUCACGUGUUCUCACCGGAGACCCGCAGGAUUGGUGGGAAACGAUUUUCAGGUUACCGUUUGGGAACAACAAGGAGACAUUCAUUCAGUACUCGUAGGGAAGGACAGCAAAAUGGCAGCGGGGUUAGCGAUCCUCUUCCUAGGAAGGUGCGCAAACCUGCUCUGUAUCAGAACCUCAAAAGUUCCAAAGUUGUGCAGGAAAAAUCAAAGAUCGUGCCGGAAAAACCCGCCAUGAAACGAAAGGGACAUCCCACACUAUUUAAAGAAAACCGGACCAAGGCAAAAGUAAAAAAGAUCGAUCGCAUCGUGCGAGUGUUGUCUUCGCCUGAAAGACGUUUGAAGCUCUCGCUAGCAUUAGCUGAGAUCAACAGAAGAUUGACAAGCCAAAUGCUCAUCUGGAAAAUGUUACCGUGUGAAACAGGAUAAACUUUUACUAACAUGAAAGUUUAGUAGUCUCCCAAGCAGUCAGUCUGAAGGUCGUCACGCAACGGGUCCGAGAGGAGUCGUGCGAUUGCGUGACAACUGGAAACGUUGCGUGAUGAGCUAAGAUAGAUGACUGCCUCAGUUCACUUGAGACAUUCAAGGAACAGCGCGUAUGUAAGUUUGUAUAUUAUGUACAAAACUUUUCCAAAAGCCACAUAUGAUAAUUUACAUAGAGAAUCUAUCGCAGAAAUUUCAGUCAAAGGCAUUCAGCGUAACCAGACAAUUUGAUUCGUUCAUGGAAGUAAAAGGAACAGUUCCCAUUCGCAAACCGACACCAGAACCAACUGGCUGUACUAACUGAAAAUAUCAAAAAUCAUUUUCAGCACAAAUGAAUAGACAAUCAAUAUUUUAAACAUCGUGAUGGACAGAUCAAAAACUUUUUCUCAUCCUUUUUCAUUCACUUUUGAGAAAAUUUUCAAUCAUAGCAUGACAUAGUUAUUUCUAGGACUCUAUAAGUUUGCUGGUACGGCUAUUUCGCCUUUCUUUAAAUUAUGGUGUACUAUAAUGUCACAUACCGACAUAGCCAGAUUACUGAGGUUGUCUUGGUGUAAAUAAUUAGGGAGCUUUAGCAACGACGACGGCGACG